ACCCCCUCAUGUACCUAUACGUCGCCAAAAGAUUACUUGUGACUGAAAGUGGCCCUUCGUGGGGAACAACAGUUGCCUCUUCUCAUUCCAGCUUUACUCGCGCGCAGGUGGGAGCCUGACCCUCCCCCUCAGCUCCCGAGGGCCUGGUGUGGGCGUGUCCCUCCCAGCCGUGGGCGUGGCUUCCGCGGCCCGCCGUUCUCGUGACGGACGCGCUCGCAUCUUUCCGCGCGUCGCCUCCUGCGUUUGUGGAGGGAAAGAAUCCGCCUUUGGACCGAAAAGCGCCCAUCCCGACCUGCGGCUUCUUUAGGACGUUUCCGGCGUGAUAGGCGAAAAUAGCUGAGAAACAGAGCCAGCUGUCCUCCUCCGUGUCUCGCACAUAAACACACAGCCGUUUCCAGGUUAUGGUGGCGACAAGUAUUUAGUUCGCUUAUUUCUAAAAUGUACAUCAUUGCCCAGGGGCGUUCGGGGCCGUUCACCGUAAAUGCAAUCAAGGCAACUCCUUUGGAGCAAGCCUUGGGUGGACCCAUCCUCCUUGCCUCUCGGGAGCGUGGCAAUGGGGAUUGACCCUAUUUAGCCCCGUUGUGCUGCCCAGGGAUAGGUUGACAAAGAGGCAGGUAGAGCCACUUUGUUCAGAAAGCAAGGACUGCUGCCCUCUCAUUUUUAGGGCUGGGGAGCAGUUAUGAAUAAAGUGAAUUCUCUAUUAUAUUCUAUUGAGAAAUGCCCUGUUAUUUAUUGGUGGCUCCUCAAAAUGCAUGUAAAAAUAUCUUGUAUUGAAGGCUCGGGAAGAGGAUGUGUUGAAACUCAGGAUUCUGAAAUGACUGUGGUUAACCUUGCCCUAGAUUUGGCAAUGGCUGUUAACAACUAGAUGGGUUUAAACACUGAACUUGGCAUGUGAUUGCUUCUUUGAUGAGCAUGCAUAUUUCUGACAGAGGCCUGUUUUUCCUCCCUUGUGUUGUAGCAGACGUGUGUGGUAUGAUCUAACAAUAAAAACAUUACCAACUAAACUGUAGGAGGUGAGUUGAUUGUGUACAAGGAUCCAUGUGAGUAUUUAAGUAAGCAGACAGUUGGAGCCCUGUAUAGUCUAGGAAAAUAACUCUGCAGUGCCUGAGUGGGCUACUGGAUUGCAUAUAUUGGCUAUUCCUGUAGGGGUGGAGAGCACUGAUCAAGGCAGCUUCCUCCUCUUUCCCCCCACAGGGCAUUAUGCUUCAUACUCUUCAUCAUCUCUGGCAGGGUAUGGCCCCAACCCCUAUAGCCAGCACGGGCCCAAUUCGUAGAUACUUAUCCUGGGAAAAUGAACAGCGUUGCCGAGGGCUGCUAAAGGCAUCUACCAACCGAUACAGACAAGAAGAGGUAUCAGCUGCUGUUCUAGUGUCUCUGUGCUCUGUGGCAGGGGACCCAGCCUUCUUGUACACACUGCGAUCCCACACCUUGACUGGUGUGCACAAAGGCGAUGUCAGUUUCCCAGGUGGUAAACGUGACGACUCUGACCAGGAUGUCAUCGCCACAGCCCUCAGGGAGACUUCUGAAGAGCUGGGUCUACAGUUAAGGGAGGACUGCGUCUGGGGAGUCAUGAAACCCAUCCCUGAUAGGACUAAAAAGUUAGUAGCUCCCGUGAUAGCAAACUUGGGUCCUCUGGAGCACCUAAUUCUGAAACCAAACCCUCAAGAGGUUGAGGCUGUCUUCACACUGUCUGUUCCCCACCUGCUGCAAGAAGAGAACCAGGGCUACACCCACUUCUGCCACAAAGGUGUCUACAGCUACACACUGCCCAUCUUCCUGCAUGGCCCACACCGUGUAUGGGGACUCACAGCUAUAUUAACUGAGUUGACUCUGGAGUUGCUGGCACCAGGGAAAUACCACAGGCGGACUCAUGUGUUGACCAGGCGCUGACCUUUCCAGCCAAGGUCGAAACCUUGGCUUCCAAACUCUGUUGACUAAGGACUUUGAUUCAGGUGAUCGCGCCAGCCAGGUGCGAAACUCUUUCCUGUCCAUCAGGUCUUCACAUCUCAUGCCAACUCAGCGCAAAGCAUGUGGUUUGUCCUACCCUUCAUGGUGUGGUUGUACAGCAUAAUAAGUGGAAGGAGGCAGACUGGAGCCCCCUCUCCGGUUUUGCAAUCUGCUACUGCGGGGGAUGCAUUUGGAUGAAGCUAAUCAACGCGCUCUUUGGGAGCCCCUGCAGAUUUUUGUUUCCACAUGUGGGUGCAGUCAGAACACAACAGUUUAUAACCAAAAGAGUUCCCCAGCCUACAUCCUAGUUUUGUGUUGGCACCGGACAGUAGUUGAAGCUCUAUCCAGAACUACUUUAUUGAAAGGCCAAGUUAAAUAAACAUCUGCCAAACAUGGCAUGUAACUCUCAAAGUAUCUGUAGUAAGUACAGCUGUCCCAGGAUAGGCUCAGAUCUGUGCAUAAAUUUUAAUCUUUACCCUGUUUUGCUUAUUGUACCCAGUCUGUAGCAGGAUUCAAUACCGGGGUUGUAUCCAGUGUUGGUUUUGUGUAAAUUAACUGGACCUCAGCCUA